UGGAUGCUAUACAGUCACACAGGAGGAUCGCGGACUUGAAGAAACGCACUUUUCGGGAUUUUGUGAGACUCGGGCUUUUAUUUCCAGGACGACAUUGAACAGCGGUGGCCAAUCCAAUCGCUAGAGAUGAAAAAUCCCGUGUACUGGGCUAUACUGGUCGGAGUGACUGUCCUGCUGAUGGAGCAAGGGUUGCCGGUCCGCAGCCAAGGAGAUUCUCAAGCCGACAACACAGUGAUGGACAAUAUCACCGUCCGACAAGGAGAGACCGUCUUCCUCAGGUGUGCACAGGGAGACGUGGUCACACACACGGCAUGGCUGAACAGGUCCAGUAUUCUGUAUGCCGGUGAGGACAAAUGGUCGGUGGAUCAGAGAGUGAGUCUGGUGACUCUAAAUCAGGAGGAGUUUACCAUCAAAAUUGAAAAUGUGGACAUGACAGACGAGGGACAGUAUGUCUGCGCAGUCCAGACGAGCAGUCGACCGAGAACCACGUCGGUGCACAUCCUCGUACAAGUUCCACCGAAAAUCAUCAACCUGUCGAGAAAUAUCAUCGUAAAUGAAGGCGCCAACGUCACCCUGAUGUGCCAGGCCAGCGGUAAACCAGAGCCGUCAAUCAGCUGGAAACUCAUCUCCUCUUCAGGGGACCUUGCCUCGGACGAUGAGUACCUGGAAAUCCCUUCAAUAACCAGACAGAGAGCGGGGAGGUACGAGUGCACAGCUGUCAACGACAUUGACACAGACGUCCAGACUGUAGACAUCACCGUCAACUAUCCUCCAACUGUGUCAGAGGGCAGAGACGUCGGAGUGACUCUAGGCCAGAGAGGAGUGCUGGAGUGUGAGGCUGACGCAGUGCCUGAGGCAGACUUUGAGUGGUAUAAAGAUGACAGAAGGAUCUUCAGUGGGUUUGAUGGUGUGGAAAUCCUGAACUCUGGAUCUUUGUCAAAGCUGUCUUUUUAUAAUGUGUCCGACGGAGAUUAUGGCAACUACACUUGUAUCGCCAUCAACAGCAUCGGGAGCUCAAACACGAGCUUCCUUCUGUUUGUGGUAAUUGAACCCACUAGCUCAACGCUAUUGCAAGGACCGAGAGCAGUUCAGGAUGGCAACGGUGGCGCAACGGGAAUACACGCACACAGCUGGCUCCUCUUCAUAGCGCUUCUGCCGUUCCUGCUUCGAUUUUGAAGAGAAGGGAUUUGAACAAGUGUUUUGUGUGUAUGUGUGUGUGUGAGUGAGUGUGUAUGUGUGAGUGUGUGUGUAUGUGUAUGUGUGAUUUUUUUUUUUCCUUUCAACCUGAACCAUAUACUGAUGCACAGAGAGUGCAUUAAGUAUCCUGCUUACAUAAUUCUGUUGACCCACUAAAUAAGUAAAUAACAGACACUUUUGAUUUGUUUGGCAGUUUAAAGAUGUAACCGAUGAUUCACAUUUGAACUGAAUUGUGUUAAAUACUUUGCCCUCUAAAUCACUUUAUAUCCUGAUCGUCUCUUUCAUGUAUCGUUCUCGGGAAAAUAAUUGGUUUAAAUGUGGUAUCUCUUAUUCAGAUUUGAUUUGUCUUUAGGUUCUGACCACAUUGCAUAUUCAUCUCAACUCCAGUAAAAGGCAAAUUAGAGCAGGAAUAAGAGGUGAAUGUUAAAUACCUCAAAGUCAAACCGAGACGGUUUAACAGAAGGAAUCUAGGUUACCCGGAGGCUGAAGCCUGCUAUUAUCAUAUUUUAAUGUAUAAUAAUUAUCAUUCAGUCUGGUUGUUGGAAGCAGAAAUGUUUUGAUCUUGAAGUAUUUUGGUUCUCAGCAUUACAGUGAUAUACUUACAGUUGUGUUAUUCUAAUUUCUUAAUUUGAUUAUUUCUAAUCAUGUUUAGUUUUAAAUAUUUUUGUGGA